ACAGGGUGAGUAGGCAUCUCCUUAAGUGUCAGGUUAUCUCGUAGUUUAAGCUUAAAAAGAAGACGCACACAAAAGAUACAUUCCAAGUCCUAGUCCGUGUCAGUGUCCUUGUUCCUUGAAAAAUGGUUUUGAAUCAGAAUUUGGAGCGAGUUCGCCAGCAGAUCGUGCUGGCCAACAUCCAGGAGCUGCUCCAGAAGAUCUCUCGCCGCUGCUUUAGUGCCUGCAUUGUCCAGCCGGAGGACAAGCUGUGCUCCAUGGAACGCGACUGCCUGGCCGCCUGCAUGGACCAGUUCCUGGCCUCCGUCCAGGUGGUGUCACAGCAAUACUUCCAGCGUCGCUUGCGCCAACAGCAGCAGCAGCGCCUGGCCAGGGAGAGAAGAGGGUACUAAAGGAGGAUCCAGAAAUCGUAGAGAAUUUUGCAAAAUUAAAAAGUAACACAAAAAUACACCAAACA